AUGGAGCUCGGUAACGAUUCUGGUGGGUCCGCAGGCCCAAGGAACCGGGCCACGGCGUCCCGGCGCCUUCUGGACCAUCAACACUCAUCCCAAUUGUCCAUCGUUGGGGGCGGCAUCGGGCCUACCACGGGGGCGCACUGGCCGCCGUCCCGUCGUCGCGAGGAGGCCCGCGCUCUGGAAAACCUCCAGAAGAGGGUGAACCAGGGCCGUAUAGCCUCGGACGGUCCUUCCACCUCAGCCACUGUCUACACGGCCGCCAGGCUUGACAACAGGCCGAUGAUAUUGCAGAAGAUCCUGAGCAACAAGCCAGGCAUAGUGACGGAGCAGGAAGAGUUGGGGACGGACUGGCUGGACAGUGACUUUAUUGCAGAGUGUUUAUGUUGGCACAACGUCUACAGACAAAGACACAGGGUUGCUUCACUAACUCUGUGUCCUCAGCUAUGUCAGAGGGCACAAUCAUGGGCCAAUCAUCUGGCUCACACAAACACCUUCUUCUACCAACAAGCAAAGGACGUCGGCCAGAACUUAUUCUGUCGUCUGACGAACACUCUUCAAACUGACCUAACUGGACAAGAGGUUGCGUCUUAUUGGUACAGUGCCGUACGACAGUACAACUACAUGAAGGAACCUGAUGUCCUGCAUGCCAACGUUAAUGCUGGUCAUUUUACUCAACUAGUGUGGGAGAGCACAAAGUUUUUCGGUGUGGGAAAAGCGAGGAGCAGAUCUGGGAAAAUUCUUGUGGUCGCCAACUACCGACCGCCUGGAAACAUCACGGGACUGUUUAAAGAAAAUGUUUUACCGCCGGUGCCUGAUAUUGAAGACAUGACGAGUAUGUCCGGAAGUGACUCGAGCAAUUCUCGGAGCGCUGAGUUGACGACGUGAGAAUCCUUAGACAAUCUUCCAAUUAACAAGUGCUUCAAAGCAAGCAUUUGCUUGAUACUUUUAGGUUAAAAUAGAAACAAAUAGCAAAGUUAGUCAUAUUGCUUUAGCUUUUACUGUAGGUUACAUUCAGCUCAAAUACUGACUGUUUUAAUAAGGAAGUAUGAGACAGUAUGUAUUUUAAGAGUUGAAUUUUAUAUUUUGGUGAUGCUGAAAAUGUUUUAGUAUGCAGCCAAAUUUUGCUGCGACAUGUUUUCUAAACACUUCAAUAUAUUGAUAUAAUGUCUGCAAUCUCAAUGGAGCAAUAUCUUUGUCAGGUUGAGUCUUAAACGGAAUAUCUUGACAUUUUUUCAAUUCCUGAUAAACCUUGUAUUUUGAGCUAUCUACCAUGUUUCUUUAGCCUCUGUGUUAUGAUAAAACUAAAACUAAAAGAAACUUACCAAAGGCAAAAUUUUUAAGUCUACAGUACCACACGCAAGAAGUUGGUCUCAUUGCUUUAACAAUUUUUAUAGCCAUAAUUAUCUCGUUUGAAAUAUAAUUCUUUUG